UCAGCCUCUCGCGCCGCCACGAGCUGGAGGGUCUCGUCCAGCAGCUCCACGUUGUCCUCCCGCGCGGCCGCGACGAACUGCGACGAGGUGGAUGUAGAAGCUCCCGCGCCAGCUUUGUAUACGCAAAGUGUAGAUGUUUGCUCCUCCAAUUCCUCCUCAUCUCUCUCUGCUCUUCCGCUAAAAUCCACCCACCGAUCUAAUCUCCGGCCGUGGACUGAAUCCAUUCCAAUUGGGCAGCGAUUAAGCUCCACCACACCUCCCAAUCCAUCCCUUGGGUGGCUGGGUCGGAGUCGGCGCGAGUGCUGCGAUUCAAUGAGGCGAGCACGAGCCGGGAUUGGGGCAGCAGAUCAAGCGGUCGCGAUGACGCCGCAUCCGACAGAACCGGAGGCAGGAACACGAGCAAACACGAGAAAGAAGAUAAAGAGAGAAGCAUGGAGUUGGCGCAGUGGGGGACACCGGACUCCGGAGUGCUCAGCAGCAUGUGGGGAAGAAGAGGAGGAGCAGACUAGCUCCAGCCUUUCUAGGAGCCAUUGGAUCGGACAUAGACGCUGGAUAUGGAGGGGAAAGGCACGCCGUGACUUUACAGAGGAAAGUCACUGAAUCUCGCUCCCUUCUUCUUCACCUAUGGUCGUGACGGCUGACCUUUUUCCCUUUCGGUUCCGGCGAUGGCUGCCUCCCGCCGCCUCGCGCGGAAGCUGCCCUCGCUGAUCUCCAGGCAUCAGCGCCUCAUCUCCCCGGAGAUCGAAGCAGCGGAACUCACUGAAUCCCCCACCAUCUCGGCAUCCAUUCCGCUCGACCCCUCCCUGCCCGUCCUCCCGCUCGCCGUCUCCCACCUUUCGCCGCCGAGCCCGCUCCCGGCGCUCCCCUCCGCGCACGCCUCCUCCCCGGCCUCGCUCCUCCGUCUCCUCCGCCGAGCGCGCCACCACCCGCAACUCGCGGCGCUCGACCUCCACAUCCUCCUGGCCGCCGCGGACGCGUCGCCCGCAUUCCGCCCCGACCACGGCUUGACAUCGCUCCUCGCCGCCCGCCUCGCGGCCUCGCGCCGCCUACCCUCGCUCCGGCGCCUCCUCGAUCUCGUUCUCGCCCGCCCCUGCCCCUGCGCCGACGACUCCAUCUUCGCAUGCCCCGAGCUCCUCCCCACCUUCCGCAAGGCCAUCGUCGCCUUCGCCGCCUCCGGUGACAUCCCCGCCGCGUCCGAAGCCCUCGCAUCCCUCCGCCGCGCCGCUGACUCCCCACUCCCCGCCGAGUUCUACAAUAUCAUCCUCCACGCCCUCUCCCGCCUCCGCCGCCACGUCGAUGUGAUCCGCUUCUACGGCGAGAUGACCUCCGUCUACCGCGUCGCCCCGGAUGCCUACACGUUCAAUAUACUCAUCAACAGCUCCUGCCGCGCGGAAGGCGUCAACACCGCCAUGCGGUGGUUUGGCGAGAUGCAGCGGCGGAGCUGUGCACCGACUGGCGUUAGUUUCAACACACUUAUGCGCGGGUUCAUCAGAGAAGGCAGGUACAAGGAAGGAAUCAAGGUCGCACGUGAGAUGCUUGAGCUUGGGGUCGGGCUGUCGGUUGUGUCCAUGGAGAUUUUGAUCAGCGGCUUGUGCCGUGGUGGUGAGGCACUAAAGGCGGCUGAGGUGUUUGUUGAGUUUUGGGGGGAUGGAGUGGUGCCAGAAAGGUUUGAUUGCUUUGAACUAGUUGAGGCUCUGUGCCGUGUGGGGAAGAUAGAUAAAGCAGUGGAAGUGGUGGACAUGGUAUUGGAGAGGAAUAUGAAAUGCUGUCUCAGCGUGCCUGCUGGUGUUACGGUUUUGGAGUGCCUGAUGAAGGCGGGGAAGCUGGAUAAGGUUUGCCAGUUGAUGUGGAGAAUGAUUGAUCAGGGGAUUGUUCCAGAUACAAUUACUUGUAACUGCGUCUUUGAGGCGCUUUGUGAAGCUGGGAGGGCAGCUGAUGCAAACCAGCUUAGAGUGCUCGCUAAGGAGCAGGGUUUUGUGGCUGAUGGUGAAACCUAUCGUAUGCUGGUGCAGGGAUUUGGAAGGCAGGGGAGAAGAAAGGAAGGGGAAGCUGUGUUGGAUGAAAUGCUUGAUUCAGGAUUUGUACCAAAUAUUGCCUCUUACAAUAGGCUUCUUGAUGGCUUACUUUAGGGAAGAUCUUUGCGGAUACAAGAGAAUUUCUCAGGGGUUGUGAAAGCACCAGACUGAAAGUAUGUCUCUGGCUGAGAGCCUGAGACUAGGUGGAGAUGCUUGAUGGGCCAGUGGUGCGCAUAACUGCAAGGAUACAGAAUGGGAAGUUUGAUAUGAGAUUUGAAUUUUGAAGGCCCCCUUGUUCGGACACCAGGCCCAUCUAUUUGAUUUGGGGUAGCAUUUUUCUGACAUCUUGCCAAAACAAUUGUUGAUAAGGUGUCGACAGAAGUACGCCUGAGGACCCCGGAGCCCUGGCACCGUGCGCGGCCGACCUGCCGGAGACCAGCGGUUGCUGGCGGCCGCGAGACCAGCGGUUGCUUGGGCCCUGCCGUAGAGGGUGUUACGACUUACGACAUGGUUGGCAACCUGGCAUGGAGUAGGGCGGUCGGUGGUCAAAGCUCAAGAGUGCAAGGUUGCACUGGACCUUGUGCAUGUCUGGAGUUACAAGGGAGGUAUAUCUCCGUUUGGCAAACCGAGAAGCAAUGGGGGAGCAUCUCUCUCUGGUGCGUUUCACUUCACAAAGCAUCUUCUCUGCAUUGUAGGCAUGGACAAAUUCAAACUGACAAUAUACGAUCAGUGUGGAUUCACUUGUUUA